UGUUAACAGGGAUUCAGAACCGUGGUUGGGCGAAGAGGUGAGGAGAGGCAACUUUCAUAUGAGGAUUCCGCAAGAGAGGGGAAGUAGAGAAGGCUUAGAGCGGUCACCGGAGAAGGUGAACUUGGGCGGCCGAAAGGUUUGUUAACAGGGAUUCAGAACCGUGGUUGGGCGAAGAGGUGAGGAGAGGCAACUUUCAUAUGAGGAUUCCGCAAGAGAGGGGAAGUAGAGAAGGGUGAGAUCCCUAUAUUUUGUUCGUUCUUCUCUUCUCUAAACUCUCCCCUCCAGGUUCGCUCUUAUUUAAUUCUACUCUCUUCUCGACUUUUCACUUUCCCUCUUUGGUUUUUUCCUUUUCUGGUUGAGAGAAAACUCGCGUCAGUCUUGAGGGGGGAGGAUUCUCGGAGUAAUCAAAGUGAUGGUGGUGUUCGAGCUAUGGUGUUCGAGCUAUGGUGUUCGAGCUAGACGAAUGUGAUGGUGGUGUGCAAUGGUUAUCGGCCGGGUCGUAGAUCCUGGUCUGGCUAGCAGGCGGAUUCUUAGGCCAGAGCUUGCUGAUGGAGAAGAGACGUGCACGUUCAAAGUUCUUCCAUAUCAGUGUCGUUGGAACAUAGAUAUGGAUUCCGAGCCUGGCGUUGGUAGUGUUACUGGCGAGGAAAUUGAUUUAAUGGGAGCAGCUCCUAUGCAUAUAUCUUCAAAGCAGGCGAAGAGUGAGUUUCACUCAUAUGCCCGUUUGGACCUCUCCUUUAGAAGUUCACUUCGUGGUGGUUAUGCCAGGCAGCUUUACCUCCAAUAUUCAGAAUCUACUACUAAGGGUCCAUUUGGUCUUGGAGAUUUCGUCAUUGAGUUUGCUUAUGGUUUUGCGUUUGAUUCCAGGACUGAAGAAGCAUCUGAAUGGGAUCAAUGCUCCUACGCACCGGAUGCCUGACAAGCUUGACAGCCCUUUUGCUCGGUAGUUGUUGUCUUGGCCUCACAAAUGGUAGAAGUGCCUGCUGCUCAUUCUUAUCUCCAAAAUCGUCCAAAGUAUGAACUUGCUUCGUGAUAGGCGGUUGAUCUUCUGAUGUGUCGUUUGGUUAUGGUCUGUCACACAGUCAGGACUACCAAGACUUUCCUUGCUGGUUUUUUGUGGGGACUUUACCGGGCCAUGACGCAAUACCAUCCCCAGUACAUUCUAUGGGCUGCUAUUGUAAUGUUAUCAUCUAUGUUGUCAUUCUUGGUUCAACAAUGAUGAUGCUUAGUGUGGGUUGGCAAACCACGCAAUUCUGCAUCCCCAUGAACACUUACGACACAAAUCAAACAUUCCCCGUUGCUGAAGUCUGUUUAUAAUGGGUGAGAGUACUGAUUGAAUAGGUGGGUUCGUGUGAUUUGGUGCUAGGAAUUGGUAGGUCAGAGCAAGAGAAUUGAUGCUUUUGCAGGAUGUAUCGAAGACUUGGUGCUUGUGAGGAUACUGUUGAGAUUUUAUGGUGGUCAGAUGAGAAAACUAAAGUGUGCUUUUAGGCUUCAACUUAAUUACGGGAAGCCUUCCGUCGUGAUGAUAUAUGCAAGUAAGGAAAGGAGAAUGCUUAGAGAAUGCAGCAGCCGAAAGAGGGGAGUGCGAAGAGAGUAAUAGGGUUGCCGAACUGACUUACACUGAGAGAGGAAGAAUGAAUAGAAUACGGAGGAAAAGGAGAAGAUGAGUUGGUAGAGGAGGAGAAAGACCCACAUGCUGGCAGCACAAUUUCCUUGUUUCCCGCUUCAGUUUUGAGGAUCCGGCUACCCAGUACUAUUGUUUGGCGCAAGUCCUCUCCACUGAGGCUUCAAGAUCAUGGUUCUACUUAGGAUGUGCCUUUUGCUUUAAGACAGCUAGGGAAUUUCCUGGCACUGGUGAUUUUUUUUGUGAAGAACAUGGCCAACUAAAGGCUGAAGAAACCGAACAUUGCUACAAAAUUCAUUUGGCUGUCGGAGACACUACUGGUUCGGCGUGCUUCGUCGCACUUGGAAAGACCGCUGAAUCUUUGCUUGGAGUUACAGCAAACGAACUAUUGUUGCAGCAUCCCCACCGCCAUGGCCAUUUCCCUCCGGCAAUUGUGGCCAUGAAUGGAUGUUGGUUUUCGUUUUGUGUGCAACUCCCUAAACCUGGAUAUCUGGCUCAGACUCCUCUGGAGUUUACUAUACUUUCUGCAUUCGACCGCAGCC